AUGGGAGGGUCUUCAAAUGUGGUUGCUCAAAGUUGGAAGCUUUGUCGUGCUGUGGUGGAAGUUUUUUCUGAACAAUAUCUUAGAUCACCGAAUGCUAAUGAUCUUGUAAGACUACUUCAAAUUGGCGAAUCUCGUGGUUUUCCAGUUUAUGUCGAUGAUAUUGUCUUUGGAUCAACGGCAAAGAAGUUGAAGGAUGAAUUUGUAGAGUUCAUGCAUUCAGAAUUUGAGAUGAGUAUGAUUGGAGAGCUGACAUAUUUCCUUGGAUUACAAAUUAAGCAAUGUCCUGAUGGGAUAUUUCUGAACCAAACGAAGUAUGCAAAGAAUAUGGUUGAGAAGUUUGGUAUGAAGAGUUCUAAGACUGUUAGAACACGGUUGGGACAACAGGACAAGCUGUCUAAAGAUGCUGAAGGAAAGGAUGUCGAUCAGAAGUUGUAUAGGAGCAUUAUCGGAAGUCUGUUGUAUCUUACAGCUAGCAGACCCGAUAUCACAUUUAGUGUUGGUGUUUGUGCUCGAUUCCAAUCAGCCCUGAAAGAAUCUCACUUGAAAGCCGCAAAAAGAAUUUUGAGGUAUAUUAAUGGAAUGUCCGAACUUGGAUUAUGA